UCCACCCCCCACACCCCCUCUCCACUCCCCGCCUUCAUCUAAAAGAAUGAAUCUCUCCCGGGGCAGCUGCUGCGGCCACACCACAAACUUAAAAGCUUCCCUCUAGUACAGAGCGUGCCUCUCUUCACCACCAGCCCCUAGCAAAAUCUCCAGCUGUAGCUACGCUCGGGGCUAGUCCCCGUACCGCGUUAGAGGGAGCAUCAGCGCCCUCUGCUUUCCGAUUCCGCCUUUGCAGCAGCUGCCACAGCCGCCUUCCGCAGCAGCCAGGGCCGCUGCUUUAGCAGCCGCGGCUCAGCCCGAGCUUCUCACUCCGAGGUGGAUCGAGGCCAUCCCACGGGUUUGCAACUUCAGCCUCAUAGCUGAAGACGCAAGUUUAUUCUCCCUCGCUCUUGGAAAAUACAGCAAGAAAAGAAAUUUAAAAAAUAAUAAUAAUAACUUAAAAAGAAGAAGAAGAAGAGAGAGGAAGAUCUAAGCCAGUAUUUCCAUCUGUCCCAGGAAGUGGUGGAAUUAGAUACAUUCCCUUUAAGAACUUAUUCAGCACCACCUCUGAAGUCAGGAGGACCUGAGUUCAAAUCUGGCCUCAGACACUUAUUUAAAAGUCCUACCUGUGUAACCCUGGAUUAAAUUAGCAUUGUCCAAAAGGAGGGCCUUUUUUAGCCAUGAAUGCCAAAAAGGAUCAAAGAGAAAAGUGUAGAAGCCAAGAUUUACACCCCCUGCAUUCCUUUGUCAUACUAAGUGUGAUUGUGGUGUUGCUUCCAGUCAUUGGAACAUCUAAACAAAAUAUUCCAAGACUCAAACUCUCAUACAAAGACUUGCUGCUUUCAAACAGCUGCAUUCCCUUCUUGGGUUCAUCAGAAGGACUGGAUUUCCAAACCCUGCUGUUAGAUGAGGAGAGGGGCAGGCUGCUGCUUGGAGCAAAGGAUCACAUCUUCUUACUCAACUUGGUUGACUUAAACAAAAAUUUUAAGAAGAUUUACUGGCCUGCAGCAAAGGAAAGGGUGGAAUUAUGUAAAUUAGCUGGAAAAGAUCCUUAUACAGAAUGUGCAAAUUUCAUCCGAGUGCUUCAAUCUUACAACCGAACUCAUGUUUAUGUAUGUGGGACUGGAGCCUUUCACCCAAUAUGUGGAUACAUUGAUCUUGGAACUCACAAAGAGGAAAUCAUGUUUAAACUGGAUACACAUAAUUUGGAAUCUGGCCGACUGAAAUGUCCUUUUGAUCCUCAGCAGCCUUUUGCUUCAGUAAUGACAGAUGAAUACUUAUAUGCUGGAACAGCUUCAGACUUCCUUGGCAAAGACACAGCAUUUACACGUUCACUUGGCCCUACUCAUGAUCAUCAUUACAUCAGAACUGACAUUUCAGAGCACUACUGGCUCCAUGGGGCAAAAUUUAUUGGAACUUUUCCCAUACCCGACACAUACAAUCAAGAUGAUGAUAAAAUAUAUUUCUUCUUUCGUGAAUCAUCACAAGAAGGCAGUACCUCUGAUAAGACUAUAUUAUCUCGAGUUGGAAGAGUUUGUAAGAAUGAUGUAGGAGGACAACGUAGUUUGAUAAACAAAUGGACAACUUUUCUGAAGGCCAGAUUGAUUUGUUCAAUUCCUGGAAAUGAUGGAGCAGACACUCAUUUUGAUGAGCUUCAGGAUAUCUUCUUACUUCCCACAAAAGAUGAAAGAAACCCUGUGGUAUACGGUGUUUUUACUACAACCAGCUCCAUUUUCAAGGGUUCAGCUAUUUGUGUUUAUAGCAUGGCUGACAUUAGAGCAGUUUUCAAUGGCCCAUAUGCUCAUAAAGAAAGUGCAGAUCAUCGAUGGGUCCAAUAUGAUGGAAGAAUUCCUUACCCAAGACCUGGAACAUGUCCAAGCAAAACAUAUGAUCCAAUGAUUAAGUCAACCAGAGAUUUUCCAGAUGAUGUUAUUAGCUUUAUAAAGAGGCAUCCUGUGAUGUAUAAAUCAGUAUACCCUGUGGCUGGAGGGCCUACUUUUACUAGAAUUAAUGUGGAUUACAGAUUGACACAGAUUGUGGUGGAUCAUGUUAUUGCAGAAGAUGGUCAAUAUGAUGUAAUGUUUCUAGGAACAGAUAUUGGAACGGUACUAAAAGUUGUCAGCAUUGCAAAGGAAAAGUGGGAUAUGGAAGAGGUAGUUCUAGAGGAGUUGCAAGUAUUCAAGAAUCCAUCAUUGAUAUUGAAUAUGGAGAUAUCUUUGAAACAACAACAAUUGUACAUUGGUUCCCGAGAUGGAUUGGUUCAGCUCUCUCUGCACAGAUGUGAUACGUAUGGGAAGGCCUGUGCAGACUGUUGCCUUGCCAGAGAUCCCUACUGUGCUUGGGAUGGAAAUGCAUGUUCUCGAUAUGCACCAACUUCCAAAAGGCGAGCUAGGCGACAAGAUGUAAAAUAUGGAGACCCCAUCACUCAGUGCUGGGACGUAGAAGACAGCAUUAGUCAUGAAACUGCUGAUGAAAAGGUGAUUUUUGGCAUUGAAUUUAAUUCAACCUUUCUGGAAUGCAUUCCUAAAUCCCAGCAAGCCUCUAUUAAGUGGUAUAUCCAGAGAUCUGGAGAAGAGCAUCGAGAGGAGCUGAAACCUGAUGAAAGGGUCAUCAAAACUGAAUAUGGACUGCUGAUUCGCACUCUGCAGAAGAAGGAUUCUGGGAUGUACUACUGCAGAGCACAGGAUCACACAUUCAUCCAUACCAUUGUGAAGUUGACUUUGAAUGUUAUAGAGAAUGAGCAAAUGGAAAAUACUCAGAAAGCAGAACAUGAUGAGGGAAGGGGCAAAGAUCUACUUGCUGAGUCCCGGCUGAGAUAUAAAGACUACAUGCAAAUCCUCAGCAGCCCCAAUUUCAGCUUGGACCAGUACUGCGAACAGAUGUGGCACCGGGAGAAACGAAGGCAGAGAAAUAAAGGGGGUGCUAAAUGGAAGCACGUGCAAGAGAUGAAAAAAAAGAGAAAUCGUAGACAUCACAAGGACCCUGAGCAUCUUUCUAGAGCCAUGGCCACGUAGUCCUUCCUCUUUAUCUUCAGGCAAUGAAACUCUUACCUGCAAAAGAAAAAUGCUAUGUUCUAUCUUUCAUACUUGUGCAUAGCCUCUCUUCAAGGAGAUUUGCUCAUGUACAAUAACAGUAAUCUGGAUGAGGCUGUAAUGGGAAAUACAGGUGCCUAAGGGGAAUUUAAUAAUUUAAAACCAUUUUGUUCUGAACUGAUAUGAUGAAUCCAAGAGUCCAGAAUCCCUGAUGAAAUUGGAAAUUUCUUUUGAGUUUUUUCCCCUAGUUUGUUGUUUUAUUUAGUUAGGUCAUAAAGAUAAGUGAACUUAGUCCAGUUGAAUAAUUUUCAUUCAUAGUGAUUCAUUUUGCUCUUAUAUACUUUAAAAUGUCAGUUUACUAUGCAUCAGUGCUAUGUUGUUGUGAACAAUUCAUUUUACUCUUGAGCUAGCAAUAUCAUGGUGGUGAGUAGAAUGAUUGUACAGCAUAGAACAGUUCACAUUAUCAGUGAAAUUUUCCCAGUGAGUCAGGCACUACUGGAGCAUAUGUUAGGCAUUUAAGAAGGUACAUUAAUUCUUCCAGGCCAUGGUGGUUCCAUUUAGUACAGUAGAGCUAUGAUUUACUCAAGACAUAAAUAUAUCUCCCAGAAUUCACAGCUCCUAACAGGGAAGAGCCAGGAAGAUAUGUGAUUUUUUUUUUUAGAACAUAUGCUCAUGUAUAUAGGAUCAAAAUAGUUGAGGAACUGUCAGAACACAAGGUGCUAGCUAUUUAGUAAAAUAAGAUAAUAAAUGUGAAAUAUCAGAUAAAAGAAAAAUAAUAAAUUAUCUACAAUGCUCGAAUGUAUAGGCAUACAAAUGGGAUUUGCAAGCCGACAGAGAAAAAAUACAAAUCAUAAAUUUUUGGCUUCAGGGAAUAUCUAUUUUCUCAUUAAAAAAAGAAAAAAGAAAAAUCACAAAUUAAAUGGGAGAAAUGUAAUGGAGCUUUAUUCACUAGGGUAUAAGUAGUUGCCAAUUUGCAAUCCAUCUGCUAAAAUGAAAUCUGAAGUAAAACAAACUGCCAGCAUGAUACUGAAGAGUACAUUUUCUAGGUGAUUAUGGGAAGGGUGAACUCAAAUUUUAUUAACAAUGGGAUUCUGGUAUAUACUUUCUUCUGUUUUUCUAAAAAUUUACCAUACUCUGUCAUUAUUUCUACUUGUUGCAACAGUUCUUCCUUCUUUCCCUUCUUUAGGUUAGGUUAUAUUUAAGAGAAGAAUAAUAGAAAGAAAUCAAAAGAUGAUAAUGGAGGAUGAGCUAAAUAUUUGGUGGUUGGCAGAACCAGUGCACAAAGUAAUAAUGAACGGAAAGGGUUAAAAUAACUCUUUGACUUUUUGUUCUUUUACAAUGGCCUUUGGAUUUAGAAUUAUGUAUUACAAUUCAAGCAGAAUUGUCUUAAUUCUUUUUUAAUAUAAAUAAAAUGUCCAAAUAUAGAUAAGUAAAAUUAUAAGUUUAAGAUGA